AUGGCAAGCGAAUCAAGAACCAGAUGGGUUCUCCCUUACAAGACCAAGAACUUGAAAGAAGAUUACUCUCUUGGUCGUGUGCUCGGACAAGGCCAGUUUGGAACCACUUUCCUCUGUUCACAUAAGGAAACAGGUCAAAAGCUUGCCUGCAAAUCCAUACCCAAACGAACUCUCCUUUCUCAAGAAGAUUGCGACCAGGUUUUGAGAGAGAUUCAGAUAAUGCAUCACUUGUCUGAAUACCCCAACGUUGUCCGGAUACAAACCACGUAUGAGGAUGAUACUAACGUCCACCUUGUGAUGGAGCUUUGUGAAGGUGGUGAGUUGUUUGAUAGAAUCGCGGAGAAAGGUCAUUAUAGUGAGAGAGAAGCUGCUAAAGUCAUCAAGAGUAUUGUUAGCGUCGUUGAGACUUGUCAUUCUCUUGGUGUUAUGCAUAGAGAUCUUAAGCCUGAGAACUUCUUGUUCUCUUCUUGUGAUGAAGAUGCUUCUCUUAAGUCAACAGACUUUGGCGUCUCUGUUUUCUGCGAACCAGGCACAAGGUUUUCAGAACUUGUUGGAAGUGCAUACUAUGUGGCACCUGAAGUUUUACUUAAGCAUUACGGCCGUGAAUGUGACGUAUGGAGCGCUGGAGUUAUACUCUACGUUUUGUUAAGUGGUUUUGCUCCUUUCGAUGCUGGAACUGAUAAUGGGAUCUUUAGAGAGAUUUUACAGGGAGAGCUGGACUUUGAGACCGAUCCUUGGCCUAGCAUUUCAGAAAGUGCCAAGGAUCUUACAAUGAAAAUGCUUGAGAGCGAUCCAAAGAAAAGACUAACUGCUCAUCAAGUCUUGUGUCAUCCUUGGAUUGUGGAUGAUAUGGUUGCUCCAGAUAAACCAUUGGACUUUGCAGUAGUGUCCCGCCUUAAAAGGUUCUCUGCAAUGAACAAACUUAAGAAGAUGGCUUUACGUGUAGUUGCAGAGGGACUAUCUGAGGAAGAGAUCGGUGGGCUCAAAGAACUGUUCAAGAUGAUAGACACAGACAACAGUGGGACCAUCACGUUUGAGGAGUUGAAAGAUAGUAUCAGACGUGUUGGGUCAGAGCUUGUGGAAUCUGAGAUCCAAGAACUCUUGCAAGCAGCUGAUGUUGAUGAGAGUGGAACAAUAGACUAUGGAGAGUUUUUGGCUGCAACAAUUCACUUAAACAAGCUAGAAAGAGAGGAGAAUCUAUUGGCUGCAUUCUCUUUCUUUGACAAAGAUGCAAGUGGUUGCAUCACUGUUGAUGAACUCCAACAGGCUUGGAAGCAGUUUGGUAUAAAAGAUCCACAUCUUGAUGAAAUGAUCAAAGACAUUGAUCAAGACAAUGAUGGACAAAUAGACUAUAGAGAAUUUGUGGCAAUGAUGAGGAAAGGCAAUGGCAAUGUUGGGAUCAGAAGGAGAACAAUGAGGAACACUCAACUCUGGAAUUUUCUUGAAAGAACUUUCUGUUUCUGUUUUUAAAACCAGUUAUGACUAGUGUAACUGGAAUCAAGAUCUUAACAGUUAUCAAACAUUGAUCUCACCAGUUAUCAGACUCUUUGGUACAAAAGGGUUUUUGCCUUUUUGGCCUUAAUAUAAUGUGUCUUGAAAUGUUGGCAUUAAUAAC